AUGACCCAAGUUGUUUUCCUAAUUACAAUUAGAUAUACGGAUUUUACAGAUUUCUCAGUUGAUAAUUCAGAAUUCCUACAAGGCCAUGUACCGCCCAAAUUUUUACGAAAGCACGUGCUUGAGGUGCAACGAAACGGUGUAUCAAGUCGACAGGGUCGGCCCUUGAAGGACUUUACUUUUUUUCAUAGUGGGUGUUUUAAGUGCGCCAUCUGCGGGACGAAACUUACUUUAAAGACUUAUUAUAACAAUCAACAUCGGCAGGAAGAUAAGGAAGUGUACUGUAAUAGUCAUGUACCUAAAAUUGGACCCGGGCAUUUGGACGGUUCUUCGGUUGGAAUCAGAUCAGCUCUCAACGUCCCUAAGAGCACAAAUUUGUAUAAUGAGCAAAUCAGGGGACCUAGUCGAGUUAGCAACGAUUCAGAAGGCCUUCACGUUCGUACUCACAUAAAUGGCAGUAAUCAUCAACCUCAUUCGCCAACCUAUGGAGGUUAUAGUCCAAAUAAUUAUAGUUAUCAUCAAGAGACUUCUCCAUCUUACCAAUAUGGACGAUUUGACGCCAGUGCCCUUCACAUAGCCCACGCCUUGAAGCAGACAGAGUUACAGAAAUCUUACAAAGUUCAUAGAGAGAAGCCUAUAGACUGUUACUUGGAUCGGGAUGAACAGAAAAAAUUAGAAAUGAGACAUAGAAAAGAAGAGGACGAUUUGUUCAGAAAAUUCCAAAGACAAAGGGAAGAGGAAGAAAAACGUAUAAGGACGAAAUUAGGCGAAGUCACAACUGAGGAUGAAUGGGAAAAAGAGCUGGAGAGGCUCACUUCUAAAUUUGAACGGGAAAUGCAAAUUAAAAGAAAACGUGAAGAACAAAACACACUUUCGAUACGACACCAGCAAGAGAAAGACGAUUUAGAAAAAAAUAUGACGCUUAGGAGGGACAAGAAAAAGGAAUCACUGACGAGAAAAAUGUUGGAACACGAAAGGGCAGCGACAGCAGCAUUGGUGGAAAAACAAAGUCACGAAAUGUUGGAACUUAUUAACGAAAAACGUAGUGAGUACAUGCAAGCAGAAUCUCUUUAUAUAGAUCAUAAUGAAGCAUACACCGAAGAAGUUCAACCUUAUCCAAGUCAUGCACCUGCUCCGGCACCACCAGCGCUUAGUAAAUUCCAGGUUUAUAAUGAUCCAGUUGAAUUUGCCAACGUAGACCAAAUUGCAAUAUCAGUAGCUCAAGAAGACCAAAAAUCAUUUACAGACUUAGUUAGACAACUAGUAGGACGAUGCGGAUCAGAUGUAGAAAAAGCGAGAACUAUCUUUAGAUGGAUCACUGUAAAGAAUUUAAAUACCAUGUCCUUUGACGAAAACCUUCGAGGAGAUACGCCAAUGGGUCUGCUAAGAGGCAUUAAAAAUGGAACGGAAAGCUACCAUGUGCUGUUUAAGAGAUUAUGCAGUUAUGCUGGACUUCACUGCGUAGUAAUAAAGGGAUAUUCAAAGUCAGCUGGAUAUCAACCGGGAGUGAUAUUCGAAGACAAUAGAUUCAGAAAUUCUUGGAAUGCGGUCUAUGUUGCGGGAGCUUGGAGAUUUGUGCAAUGUAACUGGGGAGCCAGACAUCUAGUCAAUGCUAAAGAAGCACCAAAAGCUGGUGCUGCUACUGUUAAAAUUGCUAUGCCAUCUCAUAUGCAAGCAACUUUGAUCUUCCAUUACAAUUUGAAGUUCUACGAUAGCGAAGGUGAUACGUUUGAAGGUGUUUCCUUGAAAAGAUUUGUGAUGCAAUCCGUUGUUGGAAACAUGGUAGCUUUUAGAGUUCACGCGCCUUGCAGUGGAGCCUUUUUAUUGGACAUCUUCGCCAAUGCCGUCACCCCCAAAGAGUACCUGACAGGAGAACCGAUGAAAUUCAAAAGCGUUUGCAAGUUUAAGAUCUGUUGCGAGAACUUACAAACUGUUAUGGUGCCCUUACCAGACUGUGCGAGCGGAGAAUGGGGGCCGACUAAGGCUACGAGGUUGUUUGGACUAGUACCUAUUACUCAUCAGGAUUCGCUAGUAUAUGCUGGAAGAGAGCUAGAAAUCCAGUUCAGAAUGUCACGCCAACUUACCGACUUCAUGGCGACACUUCACAAAAAUGGUGUAGAAGAAAAACGGUUAUCUAAAUUCGUAUCGCAUAGCGUCGCUGAAGAUAUAGUAACCUUCAAUAUCAGCUUUCCCGAAGAAGGUCAAUAUGGCUUAGAUAUUUACACACGAGAAAUGGCUUCUACCUUAGAUUUGACAGGAGAAAAACAUCUUUUGACUCAUUGUUGUAAAUAUUUGAUAAACUCCUCCAAACGUAAUUGA